AUGAGGGCAUGUUGGAUUUUCUGGUCAUCGCUUUGGCGCAUUCCUGAGCAACCUUUACCCCAGAAUACCUCACGAUCACAAGCAAUCAUCCAUUGUUCAAGGCGCCGGCGAAGCGAAGAGGCAAGAGCGCCUCCUGGCGAUUCCAACGCAUAUGACGGAACUUUCGUACGCGAUAUCCGACAUCUAAACACGUAUACUCGGUAUUCCGUCUCACGCCAUCUACAACUGUCGCAAUUCAAGGAUGAUGGAAAUCUAGAACAAAUGGCUGGUGAAGCCAAGCAUUACGACAGUGCUAAUUACCUCCAAACUUCUCGAAAGCCUAACGGGACAAAACGGGGACAGUGUUGGCGACCUCGUUUACUGAACGUUACCUCGUUUACUGAACGUUACCAUCAUUUGCCCACUCAAUUGAACUUCCUUGGGUCAACCUAG